UGGAACGCCGUUUGUAGCAGCGAAAACAGACACCCCUUUUUUCUUUCGCACCCCUCUUUGUCUCGUUGUCUGCUUUAGUCGUCUGCUAACCGUUGCCAGUAUCUCCCUUUUACUUAAUUUUCAUAUAUUUGUGAACAAAACAACACCAGCCCACACAGCUGACUGCUCAGGGCUCACAACAGUCGGAAGCCAUUCACCGAGCCAUUCACGUGCUCAUUGUAAUUAUCAGAAGGAGCAUGCAGUUUUAAUUGCGACUACGAAGUCUUCCUAUCCUAGAAGUAAAAUGAGCUGGAAGAAAGAUACUUUAGUUCGUAUGGUGAUCAAGUUACCCACGUGUGGAACAUUGCUAAACAUGCCACUUCAGCUGGAUUUUGUUGAACGCCUUAUCGACAAUGAAGAAGAACAUAAGAAAUUUGUUUUGCUUUGCGAAAGGCAGUUCAAUGCUGGUGUUCCUUCUCACACCAUUUAUGAAAUAAAAAAGCCAGAUGAACAAAGUUAUUCGAAGAAUAACUCAGAAAUAGAUUCUGAAAUGGAGGAAUUUGAUAGGAGAAUCACAUCGCUCAGUAAACUUUCUUCAGAUGAAGACAUUAUUGUGCAAAUAUCAGAUGAUGAAAAAGAAAGUGAAGAAAAAGUGAAUUCAAGACUCAAUCUGUCCACGUCUUUGUCUCCUUACUCAUUAAAUGAAUCACUUGAUGAACAACUUCACACAAAUUCUAGAUCUGCAUCUCCACAAACAGAUGAAACAAGAAAGAAGAAAGAUGCUAAGGAAGAAACAAAGAAAGUUAUCUGGGCAAGCUAACAGAGUGUCAUCCCAAACAAGGCAUUCGAAAAGCUGUUU